AUGUUGGGAGCAGAUCAAGCCCCCGAACCCAGGCCUAGAUCUUUGGGACGCUACCGCGGGCAUGCUUUGCUUCUGGUCUUGGGCCUCUACAUCGUGAGCCGCCGCUGGGCAACCUCAACCCCUGUGCUUGGAAUUGGUGUGGGCGGAGAGACUUCGGAACUCCAGGAGCUGGAGAAUAGGAUUGGCCAGAGCAAGGUCUUCGUGGUCUCUAAGCAAUGGUGCCCUUUCUGCCAGCGUUUGAAGUCUGUGCUUGGUGAACUGGGCGUUGCUGCAGAAGUUCUGGAGCUAGAAGACAUGAACAAGCAGCCCUUAGUCAAGGAUGAGGCGGCUGUGCUUGAUUACAUGCAACGGCGGACAGGGGCGCGCUCAGUGCCACGGCUCUUCAUCGCUGGCAAGUUCAUUGGAGGAUGUGAUGAUGCAGUGCGCAUGGCUGGCUCUGGAGAGCUGCAAGAGCGGCUCAAGGAAGCAGGGGCUCUAUGA